AUGGAUUCGAAUACUUAUACUUUUAUGAGUGAGUUAAUUAAUUUAGCAGAAAAGAUACUGAAUACUUAUCAUCUCAAUCAGCAGUAUCAAAAGCAAGAAUUGGCAUAUAGUACUGAGUAUGAAUCUCUGAAUUCUGAAUUCGCUCCUUCUCUACCACUAGAUGAUUCAGCACAUAAAUUAACUUUACAUCCAAGUACAAAUAUAGAAGAUUCCUUCAGUAUUGAUGAUGAUUCUAAUCAUUGUAAAAAUAAUGACAAUAUUAUGGAUUCAAAUAUCAGAACAACUUCUGAUGCUACUACACAAUUGAUUAUACAAAGGUAUAAAAUUAAGUCAGGUCAUUAUCCAUCGCCAGGUAUAAGUAAGCGGCAUCUAACUACUGGAGCGCUGUCUAUGGAGCAUAAUUCACAUCCUGGAACAUCUAUUGAUUCAUCAACUGGAAUUGCAGAAGGAUCAAGAUUGACAACACGGAUUGGUGAUCACAGUUGUAAUAUAUCAACGCCUAAAACUAUCCGUAAAUGGAAAAAGUUAAAAGCAAGCAAACAAAUCUCACAAAUCCCAAACUUAUCUACUAUUCGUUCAGAUCAAAUAAAUCCUCCUCAGCAAUCAUCUGCUUUAGGCCAGAAAAUUGUUGAUUAUCCAACAAGUGGUGAUGGCGAUGUGAGUUCUGUGUUAUACUUCACAAUGCGAGUUUAA